AUGGACUUAAACGCCCACUCAUAUUUAAAUGAUACUACAUCAAUAGAGAUCAGUAAUGGUGUUACAAUUGGAAAUGAAUUUAAAUUGGGUAUUCUUAAAAUAUGUUUAUUUAGUACUUUUUUUGUACUUGGUCUUAUUGGUAAUUCACUAGUACUCAUUGGUAUUGGACUUAAUAAAGGCAUGCAAACGACCACAAAUUUAUUAAUAUUUAAUUUAGCACUUGCUGAUAUUUUAUUUAUUAUUGUUUGUAUACCAACGACUCUAUUUAGUUUUUUUGGUCGUUGGCCUUUUGCAGAAGUUGGUUGUAAAUUAGCGCAAUUCAUUAAUCACUUAUCUGCUUUUAUGAGCAUAUAUUUGCUUGUAUUCAUGUCAAUUGAUCGUUAUCUUGCUGUUGUUCAUGCUGUUGAUUCCUUUGCAAAUUAUCGAACAACAAAAAAUACGACAAUAUCUAUUAUAGCUCUUUGGUUAAUUGGUAUUUCUAUAUCUAUGAUUAUCGGGUCAUUAUUUACUGUCAUCAAAUUUGGAGGUGAUCAAUCAUCUGUAUCUAUGUAUUGUCUAUUGCGUUAUUUAAAAUUAGAUUUUGAUAGUAUAUCCAUAACGCCGAAUACAACUCUUUUUGAAACAAUGAAUUUUUCUAGAACUAUUUCAUUAUUUAAUAAUAAUACAGAUGAUAUAGCUAGUAAUGGUCCAAUUCAAAUUUUACCUAUUGAAGCAAGUUUCUAUUGGCUUGGUUUUGUUAUAUUUCUUUAUGCACUUCCGUUAACAAUAAUUGUUAUUCUCUAUGGAUUAAUGUUAAAAUUUUUACGUGGAACUCGUGGUCAAUCAGUUGGGAAAAGUAAACGACGUGCAACGCGUAUGAUAUUAGCUGUUAUUUUAACUUAUGCAUUAUGUUGGUUUUUUAUGCAAUUAUUAUUUAUUUCAAAUGUUAUACUUUCAAGAAAUACAAGUCAUACAUUUGCUACAUAUAUGGAUAUUUUAACAAUGUUGGCCAAUGUUUUUGCUUAUCUUAAUUCUUGUACAAAUCCAAUUCUAUAUGGUUUUAUGUCAAAAAAUUUUCGUUCAUCAUUUAUUGACGUACUUUGUUGUCGAUAUUCAAAACGACAUCUUUAUGGAGCUAAUCACAGUUUACGUAAUCGACGCAUGACAGAAAAUUAUAUAAAGAAUUUUAAUUCAAAAUAUCGAAAAACUGAUUACCAGAUACGAUCAUCAGUUGCUUCACAUUUAUCACAAUUAAAUCCAAUAACUGGAAUAUCAAAUGCAGGUGGUGGUACUGCUUGUUCAUCAUCAUCACGUCUUACAACAGAAUUAUUAUCACAAUAUGAUCGACGAGAAUCAGCAAAUGAUGAACGUAAAUUAUCAAUAGAUAAUCAUAGUUCGUGUCAUAUUACAGUUGCAACACAAACAAAUACAUUAAAUAAAUCACAUCGAAGACGAAAACAUGGGGAUCGAUCACCAGUCGUAGCUUAUUCUUCAUUACCAUCAAAACCAACAUCAAAAACUACUGAGGUGCUAUGCACAUAG